AGCUGAGAGCGAAGGAGCGGAAGUGGCGGUGGUGGGGCGGGACCGUGCACAAGAAGGGAAGUAGCAUCUCCCGGGACGGCGGCGCGUGCGGAUGGCGCGAGCGGGACGCCGAGCGGCGGUCCCCGCGGGGACAGCGGGGCCUGGGGGCCCGGGGCGGCCGCAAGGGCGACGGCAGCAGCCGCCGCAGGGGAAGCAGCGCUCGGCGCCGUGGCCCAGGCCGCGCAGCCAAGAGAAGAAGAAAGUGAACUGCAAGCCCAAGAACCAGGAUGAACAGGAAAUCCCUUUCCGGCUCCGGGAGAUUAUGAAGAGCCGCCAGGAAAUGAAAAACCCUGUCAGUAACAAGAAGAGAAAGAAAGAGGGCGGCCUUCAGAAGGACGCUGGAGAAGGAGGCGCAGGGCGCGGACCCGGAGAUCGCGGUCCCCAAGUUCCAGCAGAGGAAGGGGGAGUCCGACGGCGCCUACGUCCAGCGCAUGGAGCAGGAGGCCCAGCACGUGCUCUUCCUCAGCAAGAACCGGGCGGCCCAGCGGCCCGAGGUGCAGGCAGCUCCCAAGGAGAAGUCGGAGCGGAAGAAAGCGUUCCAGAGGCGGCGGCUGGACAAAGUCCGGCAGAGAAGAGAGGAAAAGGCGGCGGAGAGGCUGGAGCAGGAGCUGCUCCGAGACACGGUGAAGUUCGGCGAGGUCGCCCUGCAGCCCCCCGAGCUGACCGCCAAGCCCAGGACGAGCGUGAGCAUGGGCCAGCCCGGCAGGAAGUCACUGAUCCUGGGGGCGCUCCUGAGCCCCGGCGGUGCGCCCCAGCCCCCGGCCUCCUCCAUGGCCAGGCAGCGGAUCGUGGCGGAGGAGAGAGCUCGGGCCGUGCAGGCCUACAGGGCGAUGAGGACGCUGCAGCAGCAGCGGCGGCGGGAGGCCCGGUCAGCCCGCUGCCCACCCAAGAAGCAGCCAGGGACUGGCCUGUGAUGGUGGGAGACCCAGGCUGCCGCGCUGGGUCGGCGGAACGGGCAGGGGGCCCAGAGAUCAGAGCCCUUUCCCUGGACACAGCCUGGGACCCAGAGCCCAGUGCACCGGCUCCCACGUUCCGGAAGGGGCUCCAGUGUCCGCUGUCCUUUCUUCCUCCCUGGACACUACUUUGCUGAGUGACCAUCACCAGGCCCGUGUCUCCUGCUGGACACCAUCUGCCCUGAGCCCCUGUCAGUGGGGCCAGCGCCUGGGGGAGACAGCCAGCCACACCGUGUCACUCCCAUGAGCCUGGUAUCGCCCCCACCCCUGUCCCGAACACGGGGGUCCAGGCUGAGAUGGACUCGGGCCCACCCCAUCAUCCUGCCCCUGACUGCCGAUUAACCGUAGACACUGUGGACUUGGGCGGCGCCAGUCCGUCAUGUUCGUCACGGGCUCCCCUGGAGUCCAUGGAGUGCCACCGCUGAGUCUCCUCGGGGAGACGUCUUCGGAGGGGGGCUGCCCUGGCUGAGUGGGGGUCGCCUGCAGUGGCCACUAAGGCUGGUGUGUGAACUCAGGGGAUUUUACCAUAAACCCCAACAAACCCCA